AUGAGUCGGCGCCUGCUCUCGGCAUUCGCCCUGCCCGCCGGGGGGGCCCUGGCGGCGGCUGCCGCGGGGAGCCAGAUCUUCUGCCAGGCAGCUGAGAUACCCAGGGCAGAAAAGGCCAGCAUGAAGGAGGCAAAGGCAACCAACAACAAAUGGUGGCUGGGCCAAAGGCAAAAUCUCCCCACAAGGAAUGGCAAGCAGUGUGACCUGACUGGCUGGUGGAAGAAUGAUCUGGGUUCCAAGAUGCACGUAUAUGACGUUGACAGCCAGGGCAACUUCUCUGGCAAGUACUAUACUGCUGUGUCGAGCACCGAGAAACCCAUUGAGCCUUCCCCCCUUGUGGGUUCCCAGCACUUGGACGACGAUGGGCAGUGCACCUUUGGCUUCACUGUCAACUGGAAGAAGUUUUCUGACUCCACAGCUGUCUUUGUGGGCCAGUGCUUUGCUGGAGACGGUGACAAGGAGGUGCUGCAGACUUCCUGGCUGCUGCGGGAGAAGGUUGACUCCCUGCCCCAUGACUGGAAAGCCACCAGGACUGGCCGCAACAUCUUCACUCGGACAGGCUGAAAGGAGAAGGGAGAACUCUCUGGCUUCAGCUGGGCUGGGGAGAGGGG